CGUGGCGGAUCAGCUGACUGCAGUCUGAGGGUGAAUUUGGAGAAGAUCAACAUUAAAACCGGAGGCCGAAUUUCAGCUUUAAAUCCGGUCAGAGCGCCGCGGGAGAGACAUGCUGCUGUAGAGACCCUCACCGACUGCAAGAAAACAUGUCUGGAAACAGUCUAGUAUUACCCAUAGUGCUGUGGGGCCGCAAUGCUCCCACUCACUGCAUCUCCAGCCUUUUGGUGAUGGACGACUUGGCCACCAUCAUCAGCGGCUGCCAUGACGGUCAAAUCUGCAUCUGGGACAUGACCCCUGACCUCAAGAUUAACCCACGGGCUCUGCUGUUUGGACACACCGCCUCCGUCACCUGUCUGUCCAAGGCCAGCGCCAGCAGUGAUAAACAGUACAUGGUCAGCGCUUCAGAGAGUGGGGAGAUGUGUCUGUGGGAUGUGAAUGAUGGCCGCUGUAUUGAGUUUACUAAGCUGGCCUGUGCCCACACAGGAAUACAGUUCUAUCAGUUCACUAUAGGCACACAGCGCGAGGGCCGCCUCCUUUGCAAUGGCCAUUACCCAGAAAUCCUGGUGGUCGACGCUACCAGUCUGGAAGUUCUUUACUCUCUAGUGUCCAAGAUCUCUCCUGAUUGGAUCAGCUCCAUGAGCAUCAUUCGCUCUCAUCGUACUCAAGAGGACACUGUGGUGGCGGUUUCUGUUACUGGAAUUCUGAAAGUGUGGAUCAUCACAGCAGAAGUGAGCAGAAUGCAGGAUAUGGAUCCUGUAUUUGAGGAGGAGUCUAAACCAAUCUACUGUCAGGGUUGCCAGAGCAUCUCAUUCUGCACCUUCACACAGCUCUCCCUGCUUGUGGUCUGCUCCAAAUACUGGAGGGUGUUUGAUGCAGGUGAUUUCUCGCUCCUGUGCUCUGUACCCAGUGAGAAUGAUCAGUCCUGGACGGGAGGAGAGUUUAUUGCUGCUGAUAAAGUCAUUAUCUGGACUGAAGACGGCUGCAGCUACAUUUAUAAACUACCUGCCAGCUGUCUCCCAGCCAGCGAGUCCUUCCGCAGUAAUGUAGGGAAAACCGCUGAAGGCUCCAUCCCUCCUCUGGUGUACAGCAUCGCAGACCGUGCAGACAAACAGUUGCUGAUCUGUCCUCCAGUGACGAGGUUCUUUUACGGACGCAGAGAGCCCUUCCAUAAGCUGCUUGUUCAGGGCGAUUCCGCCGGCAGGUUAUCUCUCUGGAGCAUCCCCGACACGUCGCCACUGCAGCCUCUCUCUUCUGCUGCAGAGCUGCAGGUCUCCUCCACCAUCAGUCUGCAGGAGGCGUUUGAUAAGCUGACUCCGCUCCCCGCCGGGAUUAUUGAUCAGCUGAGCGUGCUGCCGGGGUCCGAGGAUCCGGUUAAGGUGACGGCGAGCGUGUACAUCCCCUCUCAGGGCCGGCUGGUCUGCGGGAGGGAAGACGGCAGCAUCGUUCUGGUUCCCGCCACUCAGACCGCCAUCGUUCAGCUGCUGCAGGGAGAACACAUGCUGAGGAGAGGCUGGCCUCCUCACCGGACUCUGCGGGGUCACAGGAAUAAGGUGACGUGUCUGCUGUACCCUCACCAGAUCUCCCCGCGCUACGAUCAGCGCUCCCUGGUGUCCGGAGGCGUGGAUUUCUCCGUUAUCGUGUGGGACAUUUUCACCGGAGAGAUGAAGCACAUCUUCUGUGUACACGGAGGAGAAAUCACCCAGCUUCUGGUUCCUCCAGAGAACUGCAGCACGCGAGUGCAGCACUGCGUGUGCUCGGUGGCGAGUGAUCACUCCGUGGGUUUGCUGAGUCUGAGAGAGAGGAAGUGUAUAAUGCUGGCCUCCCGGCACCUCUUCCCAAUCCAGGUUAUUAAAUGGCGUCCGUGUGAUGAUUACCUGGUGGUGGGCUGCUCCGAUGGCUCCGUUUACGUCUGGCAGAUGGAUACAGGAGCGCUGGACCGCUGUGUGAUGGGUAUAACAGCAGUGGAGAUUCUGAACGCGUGUGACGAGGCGGUUCCUGCAGCCGUGGACGCUCUGAAUCACCCUGCUGUGAACCUGAAGCAGGCUAUGACCCGCCGCAGCCUGGCAGCGCUGAAGAACAUGGCCCAGCACAAACUCCAGACUCUCGCCACCAACCUGCUCGCCGCCGACAACGCAGACAAGGGAAACUUGCCCAAGUACUCCCACAAUGCACUGAUGGUCCAGGCCAUGAAAACCAACCUGACGGAUCCGGAUAUGCACGUGCUGUUCUUUGACGUGGAGGCUGUGAUCAUCCAGCUGCUGACUGAGGAGGCGCAGAGACCCAACCCCACCCUCGUCUCACCGGAAACACUGCAGAAAGCUCCCGGAGGAGUGGACAAAGGCGGCUCCUUCCUGGCCAAUAAGAUCUUUAAACAGGUGAAGGAAACUAUCAAAGAGAACAUUAAGGAGCACCUGCUGGAUGAAGAUGAGGAUGAGGAGGAGGAGAUGAGGCGUCGUGAGGAGAAGUCUAAAUCCCUCAGUCUGCUGGAGUAUAAUCUGACCAUGGACACGGCCAAGCUCUUCAUGUCCUGCCUGCACGCCUGGGGCCUGAACGGCACGCUGGACGAGGUGUGCAUGAGCCGGCUGGGCAUGCUCCGCCCACACACGCCCAUCUCCUUCGGCCUGAUCUCCCGCGGGGGACACAUGUCCCUCAUGCUGCCCACCUUUAAGGACUCUCUCCUGAGACAGCUGUACCGGGGCGCCGCCGAGGGCCGGAAGCUCUCCGUCUCUGAGAUCGUGGGUAAAGGAACGUACGGGGUCUCCCGCGCCGUCACCACCCAGCACCUGCUCUCCGUUAUCUCCCUCGCCAACACGCUGAUGGGCAUGACCAACGCCACCUUCGUAGGGGAGCACAUGAAGAAAGCGCCGGCGCGGCCUCCAAGACCUGGAACCCCAGAGACCCCCAGAAAGACGGCCCCCCAGGUCUCCAACCCGGCCCUGCAAGGACAGAUCAAACAAGCUGCUGCCGCUUCCACCACAGCUCUCAGCGCUGGCACUGCGGCGCCUCACGCCGGCUCCACCUUUCAUUCCUCUCCCUCCUCCGUAAACGAAGGUUGGAGUCAGCUGGCUGCGAUGCAUUGUGUGAUGCUGCCGGAUCUGCUGGGGCUGGAUAAGUUCAGACCCCCCCUGCUGGAGAUGCUCGCCCGCAGGUGGCAGGACCGCUGCCUGGAGGUGAGAGAAGCAGCUCAGGCUCUUCUGUUAGCAGAGCUGCGUAGGAUUGGUCAGUCGGGCAGGAAGGACACCAUCGACGCUUGGGCUCCUUACCUGCCUCAGUACGUGGACGUAGUCAGCUCACCUGGAACGGCACCAGAAACGGCCCAGCCGACCCCUCCACCUCCUGAAGCUCCACCUGCAGAACCCAAAGUUCCAGAAGAGGAGAUGGAUGUUACUGAUGAUGACAUCACCGCAGGUUGUCUCUCUAAUCUUCCUCCGAAUGCGAAGAAGAUCUCCAACUCGUACGAGGAGCGGCGUAAACAGGCCACCGCCAUCGUGCUGCUGGGUGUGAUUGGGGCGGAGUUUGGGGCCGAGAUCGAACCCCCUAAACUCCCGUCGCGCUCCAGGACCAGCGGACAGGCGCCUGACGGCUUCGGCCUGACCACCGGCGGCUCCAACUACUCCCUCGCCCGACACACCUGUAAAGCUCUGACGUUCCUCCUCCUGCAGCCGCCCAGCCCAAAGCUUCCCGCCCACAGCACCAUCAGGCGCACAGCCAUUGAUCUGAUUGGCCGGGGCUUCACCGUGUGGGAGCCGUAUAUGGACGUGUCGGCUGUGCUGAUGGGUCUUCUGGAACUGUGCGCUGACGCAGAGAAACAGCUAACCAACAUCACAAUGGGACUCCCCCUGAACCCCGCGGCCGACUCGGCCCGCUCCGCUCGCCACGCUCUCUCUCUGAUCGCCACAGCGAGACCGCCGGCCUUCAUCACCACCAUCGCCAAGGAGGUGCACAGGCACACAGCGAUGCAGUCUCAGGGGUCUCAGUCUCAGCAGAAUGUUCACACCACCACUCUCGCCCGCGCCAAAACCGAGAUCCUGCGGGUCAUCGAGAUCCUCAUCGAGAAAAUGCCCUCAGACGUAGUGGACCUGCUGGUGGAGGUGAUGGAUAUUAUUAUGUACUGUAUUGAGGGCUCUCUGGUCAAGAAGAAGGGUCUCUCUGAGUGCUUCCCUGCCAUCUGCAAGUUCUACAUGGUGGCGUAUUGUGAUCGGAGUUAUCGUGUAGCUGUUGGAGCUCGGCAGGGUUCGGUGGCUCUGUAUGAUGUUCGCACAGGAAAGUGUCAGCACAUCCAUGGACAUAAAGGCCCUAUUACUGCCGUGUCCUUCGCUCCAGACGGGCGCUACCUGGCCACCUACUCCAACGCGGACAGCCACAUCUGCUUCUGGCAGAUGAACACGUCUCUGCUGGGCAGUAUAGGCAUGCUGAACUCGGCUCCACAGCUGCGCUGCAUUAAGACGUAUCAGGUUCCUCCGGUCCAGCCGGCGUCUCCAGGCUCGCAGAACGCCCUCAAACUUGCCCGCCUCAUCUGGACCUCCAACCGCAACGUCAUCCUGAUGGCGCACGACGGCAAGGAGCAUCGCUUCAUGGUCUGAGAAGAGAGUCUAACGUCAACCUUCAAGCUUGAGAUGAGUCGAGAGGAAUUCUGACCAAGUUUAGGAAGCGUUGUUCCUAUACUCAUCACUUCUCUUCUUCUUCUUUUUUUUUUUUUUUUUUAGGUUGUUUACAUUGUUGUUUAUGAUUUUCAUUCCACAUUAUUUUAUUUAAUUACUCUUAAACUUGUGUGUUUUUCCUUGAUAAUUUAUUAAAGAAAGUGAUGAGAACUUUUAGGAGAGCUUUUAGGCUUGAAUGAGACGUUUGUUAUCGUAGGUCUUUCAGUUUCUCAGAGUUUGUGCAGGUUUGCAGUUUUAAUUCUCAUGCACAUAAAGGAUAAGAAAAACAAAUGUAUUGUAAAGUGUAUUUUGGCACCUAACCUGUUAACAGUGGAGCCCCUGUGCUUCUAUUACUGCACCUAGUAACCAUGUGUGAUGUCCAAAUCCAUUCCUGCAUGAGGUACUGCCUCUCCUGCAUUUGUUUUCAUUGUUCUUUUACACAAACAGAGAACACUUUGAGUCCUAGUAGGCUGAUUAAACCUGCUCUAAUCGAUUAAUAUUUAGAGUCUAUAUCUUUAUUUACAUCCUCCUGCUAUGUGGAGCUAUAAGGAAUAAUGAUGUUCCCAGGGUCAUGCUGACCUGACUUUAAAAUAAAAAAAUUCGACUUUAGUUUAAAGUUCAACAUGUACCAGGCCAGUUUGACCCAGGAUCAUCUUUGCUCAUCUUUAGCUAAACGUAACAGGCUUAGAGCUGUACUUACCAGAAGCAUUCCCGAGUCCUAGUGCUGUUUUCUUCUUCAUCUUCAUCAUCAUCCUGUUUCUAAACAUAAUCACAGCAGAUUAAAUGUGAAAUAUCACCAGGAGAAGUCUGGAUUUAGCUUGUUGUGUUAUUAAAGUCAAGUGUUUUACUUUCUGUCUCGUCUGCCGGUCGCGAGUCGUUUUUAUUUUAUUGUGGAAUAUUUUGCUUCUGUGUCGUCAUUGGCGUUCAGGUGCUGCAUCUGUAUUUAUCAGACUAGCUUUUCUCACCUGGGCUUUGUAUAGCAAGGAUAGCAAGGCCCAGUUCAACCACCACACCCACACUAACACAUUAACACUGUUAAAAAUAAAGAGGUUAUGAGGGGGUACUCUUUGAGCAAUAGAGUCUGAGAUGUUAAGUUUUUUUUUUUUAGUUUAUUUCGGCCUGUGACAAUAAACUUACAUUUGUCUGUGUUUUCAUUGCCUGAAUUACUAGUAAAGUUCAUUUUUAUGUUAACAAAAAUUGACAAUAUAAAAAGGUCCACAUAUUGUACGGUAAAUCAAUAACAUAAUUGUUGUGAUAGACCUAAAUUGUGAAACUGUCAACACCCUUUUAAAGGACAGUGAACUUUGAAUAUUCGAAACAAUUAAAAAUGUAGACACAUUGAUAUAGUAAUGUUCAAAAUAAUUCAAAAUAACAAUAAAUUGAAAUUGGGAAUCCAUGUCAUUUCAAUGUACAAACAUGUUUAAAAAUGUUUUUAUCUUUAAAGUCCUAACAAGUGAUGCCAUUAAGAAACAUUUUUGCAAAGAGACGAGUAAAAGAAGUGUGAAAAACCUUCUUUUCACAAAGGUUUUAAGAAGUUUUACAUUCUUUUACAAAAAAAAUAAAUAAAAAUAGUGCUGCUAUAGCUUUAUGCUCAUAGAACCCUCUUUAGCACCUUUAUUUUUAAGAGUAUAAUUGCUGUAGAUACACAAUCAGAGUGAGGUAAAGUACAAAGUCUAUAUCAGAGAGAUGUUUAAUAUAUCUGCAUGCGUAUGUGUGUUUAUAUAUCGCUGAAGUCCAGUGAUAUCUGUUAGUGGAAAAUGGACUGACUGUGUAAGUGAAUGAGUGUGAAUGUGUGUAUGAGCGCAAAAUGUGGAUGUAGUCCAGUGUAGUUUCUUAUCACACUUUUACCAAUAAAAUCUCGCUUAUUUACUCCACAUGACAUGUUGUUGUCAGUAUAAAUGACUGAGAUGGGAGUGGCUACUUGAUUUGUGCAUUGACGCCCUCACAUCAAACCAAUGUGAUGAUAACGAAUAUUAUAACCCACUUAAAAGUAAUAAUGAACCUUUAGUUUGAAAAUUAGUUAUGGAGCUAUGUGUUUGUAACAUGUAUCUUACCUUAUUCUUUCCUCUCGGACUCUUCUCUUUUCUUCCUCCCCGUCCAUCAUCACUGGUCUCAAUCACACCUGGCAUUAAAUAAAAUAUUGUGAGUGAUCUGAUCAUAAAUGAGUACAAAAAAAAAAAAACAGAUGUUUACACCUGGCAUUUUAAAUGUGUUUUCUGUGCUUGUGCUAAGAUGCUUGUGUACGGAUUUCUGAUCAUAAAAUGUACACUGGAGGCGGGACCAGUUUUAGUGAUAGUCUUCCAGUUUUUGCUUAGAUAACCCCUGCGGAUGGUGGAUGGUGUUUUGGUGGUGUUAUUACAUAUAUUAUUAUUUUUAUUUUUCUUAUGUGGACAGAGCUUCACUUUCUGGGAUGCAUAGAGAUGCUUUAAUAUUCACACUACUGUAAUAAUGUGAUCGGUUUAAGUGAUUAGGAUUAUGGUGCAUUAAUGAGACAGUUUGUGCUGAACACUUAUAUUAUCAGAUCACCCAGAAUGCACAUUAAUGCCAGGAGUGAACUGGGCAACUCUUACUGCUAAUCCCGUGUCUCUAUUUGUUCUCAUUCUGUAUCUAUUUCUUUCUGCCUCCUCUUUCUCUUUUUUUCGUUCUCUCUCUCCUUCUCUCUCUCUCCCCUACUGGCUAUUAGGUCAGUAAAAGCCUCCAACAUUUGUUCACACCUGUGAGCCCCAGAGAUGUCAACACAUCUCACACCACUGCAUUCUUGGAGAGGAGAAGGAGGAGAGAUGGACAGAUGAGGAAAAACUACUUUUCCCCUCCAUGCUCUCACCCCCUCUCCAGGCUGGUGGGCCUGACGGCUUAAGACUGUCCAGCCAUCAAACCGUCAAACCACUCAAAAUCUCUAUUUUGCAGUGAACACACACUGAUAAAAAAAAAUGUGUUUUUGGUAUUUUGUGUUUUGGGAGUAAACAGAGAGAGGGAGAGAGAAAGCUUUAAAUUAAAGUAUUCUCCAGCAUUCAUUUACAGUUUUUACUCUUCCUGACUGCACUUCUACAAACACUUUUUGUUUUUAAAUAAUGCAAAAUAUUGUAUAUUAUUGUUAUCAUCAAAAUGAUAGAAAGUACUGUGAUUUUUUUUUUUUCUCAAACAAUACCCAGGCAAAACAUAACUAUCAGUUUAUUUACGAGAGAUUCUGCUGUGCUUUACAUCUCACUCAGACUAGCGCUUCUGUGUGUGUGUGUGUUUGUGUGUGUGGUGGGACUCUGCUAACAUUUACUGAAUAUAUUGAACGUGUACUGUAAAGCUGUGUUUGGAGAUGAAUCUAUUGUGUACGACUGUGUGUUCAAUAAAAGGAAAUGUAUCAGA